AACGCGGUAAUAAUAAUAUCGCUGAGCGAUAAAAAGGGUGAGAAACUUUGUGAUUAUUUAGAUCUACAAAACGAGGAUUGGGAUGAGUAGAGCAGAGGUGCGAGCGUGGGGCGAUUUGUGUUCAGAUCUGUUGAAAUCUAUCUACGGCAACCUCCAUCUGGUCCACGCAAUCGAAUUUGGAUCAGUAUGCAAGACCUGGCAUCAAAUCCACGCAGCAGCGCUGUCCCAUCCCCAACCACGACCGCCGCCGCCCCAUGGAGGUGUCUCGUUUAUAGAUAUCCCGUGCUGGGAGACUCGCGAGAUGUUGCUCCGGAAACAGGCACAUGUGGUUUACAGCUGGCCCUGCGGGUGGUGGCUUCUGACCUCCGGCGACCUUAACAUCUUCGCCUGCUUUAAUCCCUUGUUGCCCUGGCCCUCCAGUUAUAUCCCUCUUCCCCAAGCCUUUCUCGGACAGAAGGUCUUGGAAGACACCAGCCGCCCGGUAUGGCCAAUUACAGCAGCCUUCUCUGGGGAUCCAAUUAAGGAGGAGGACUGGACCAUGAUCCUCUUCCAUAACGUCAGCUGUUUCUACACGUACCGCCGCAGCGAGGGUCGGUGGUGGUCCUACCAUUACAAACACUUGGAAGGUCGGGAUUGCGUGGGGAUUGGGCAUAGGGACCAAACUUUUUUUUCUCUGUUCAACACCGGAGACGUCUUGGUGCUCAGAACUGACAAUCCUGGCUACAAGCACUGCAAGUGGAGGAUGAUGUUAGCAACUGAUACUUCCCAAAAACUACUGCCUCUGUGGGGGGAUUGUCUCCGUGUGGUGCUCGUAUCUGAUGGGGAACUUGAUGAUCGGGUGGUGGUCAGUUGGGGGCGGACAGAUGGCUCCAGCUUCCGGCUGCUUAGUGUGGACAGAGAUUUUAACAAUCGCGGGGAUGAAACCAGUACUAUUGUUGCAGUUGGAGGAAGGUGGAUACAGGGGCUCGGUCCUGAGGAUAUGUGGCUACCGGAAAACCGUUUGAAGAAGGUACAAGGGCGGCCAGCAGAGGAGGAAUUGGUUCAGAGAAGCCAUUCACCUAAAGGUUCAAUCUUUAGGCUACUUUGUCGAUGGUGUGCACGUAUUUGUGCGGUCAGAGAUCAGCACUAGACUAGAUCAGAGCAGUGAAUUUCUCUAUCUGGCGCACUGUUUUAUUCAAGUUUGUUUUGUAUUGUUUCGUUUCGUUUCGGGAAGUCACAAGCUUAUGGUUUUCAGUUUUAUUGCAAACCAUAAAAGAUAUGUAUAAGGUCGAUGCUCUGCUCUGCUCGUUCUGUCUAGAUGAAGGACUUUCUUAUAUUAGUCAAUUGGUAUUCUUUUUCACCUUAGCUUAUUUCACUCCAAAAAGAGCUUAGCUAUGAUUUUGAUGGUGAACAACAACUUGUUCUGCCUUGGUUGAAUUUCGUGUUGUCGAGAGGGCAUGUAGUAGGUGUAUCUAUUGACUGAGGCAGGAGGGACGUCAAAUCUGCAAGCAGCUAGGUUCCUGAAAUAGUUCAAUAGAGGCAUUAAGCAUAU